GGAGUCGGAGUCUACCGAGUAAAAAGCUUUCCCCGAUCGAUCAGUUGAAAUGACGAUAGCAGCAGGGAUCGGCUACGCCUUGCUAGCGCUAGGCCCCUCCCUCUCCCUCUUCGUCUCUGUCAUCUCCAAGAAACCCUUUCUGGUUCUUACCGUCCUUUCAAGUACAUUGUUAUGGCUUAUAAGUCUCAUCGUGUUGUCGGGAUUGUGGAGGGCAUUCCUACCUCUGAAAUCAUCGGCAUGGUGGCCGUAUGGCAUUCUCAUAUUCACAUCUGUUGUGUUUCAAGAAGGGCUUCGGGUUCUUUUCUGGAAGGUCUACAAGAAGUUGGAAGAUACAUUGGAUGCUUUUGCUGAUAGAGUCUCUAAACCACGGCUAUAUUUAACUGAUAAGAUGCAAAUCGCUCUGGCUGGAGGUCUGGGUCAUGGUGUGGCACAUGCUGUGUUUUUCUGUCUCAGCCUAUUAACACCAGCAUUUGGUCCAGCAACCUUCUUCGUUGACAGGUGCUCGAAGAUACCAUUUUUUCUUCUCUCUGCACUCAUCGCCCUUGCGUUUGUAACAAUUCAUACUUUUUCCAUGGUCAUUGCAUUCAAUGGAUAUGCAGAAGGGAACAAGGUGGACCAGAUUUUUGUUCCUGUAGUUCAUCUUGUAGCAGGCAUGGUGACACUUGUUAAUUUUGCAUCUGGGGGUUGUAUCAUCGGUAUUCCGCUCCUUUUCUUCAUCGCAAUCCUGACGUUAUUGCAUUGUGGGAAGAUGGUGUGGAGGAGGUUAACAGAGAACCGACACAGACAGGGUAGUAUGUAGAAUCCAGAGACUCGUUUCCAAGUAUUGAUGUGCAGUUCCCUCACGCUGUAUCUCUUCUUUUGGCCGUUCCCUUGUCCUGCGUCUGUUGCUCCAAAAGAUCAAGAUAGCAUCAACGGAUUUUGCCACCUGCAGAAAUGUUUUGUUCACAUCACGAGGCCACUUCAUCUUCAGUAAAGUAGUAGACGAUUUAGUUCGGAUAUUCAGGGAUGUUGUACUUGUGUCGAACAGCAAUACAAUCGACUUUAUCUUUCGAGGCUAACUCCAUGUACCUUUUAGACUUCUUUGAAGGUUUUUACCUUUCACACAGAUAUUAAAAAUUAAGUUCUCUGUUUGGUACACCCUUGCCCUCUGUAUUCAUUAAAAUUUUAUAUAUAGAUAUUAAAAACUUAUGUAUAGUUUUGUAAA